GAUAUAUAUAUAUGUGUGUGCAUAUACGUAUGUAACGUUACUGCGGUAUUCGGUACGUUUAUAGUAUAAGUGCGAACAAUAUCGAGUAGUGACUUUCGUGUGGGUCAUCUUUGCCAUACUUCAAUAAACAUACGUACAUAUACAAUACACACAUACAAAUUACACGUCAAUAUGGGGGGCCUACCGGAAAUAGGCUCUGUUCCCAAAAUGACUGUAGCGGAGAUUAAGGCCAUCAUGCACACGAAUGGUGUGCAUGUGCCGUCAGGGAAGAAGGCUGUUGUGGUUGAAGCGCUUCAAGAGUGGCUACGCAAGCAAGUGGCUUCUGGUGGGAAUAAUACGAACGAAGUUGUAUCGACAGCGAUGCCUGAUAUGCAAGCGUCACAUCCGCAUGUAGAUGGUGUAGAUAUGAUUGAUAGUAGUAUGUCGGAUGCCUCGCAGGCCGAGCAGGGUGUGCCUGUGCCUGAUGCACCUAUACAACAACAACAGGACAACGGAGACACGCACGGUACGGAUAUUUCAGCCGCUCAGGUGCACAGUGACGAGGGUGCGGUUGCUAUGGAUACACAGGUGCAUACAAAUGUUACCGGUCAUGAUCCACAUAACGAUGUGAACGGUGAUGCUACACACGAUGGAGUGUCUGGUAGGGGCACACACGUACAUGUAGAAAGUGGAAUGAUAGAUGACAGCACACGUGUAGCACAGAGUGAUGUAAGUAGUGCUGUAGACGGAGACGAAGAGCCGCCACUUGGCGUCCAGAUGCCUGUGCAUACACCAACGUUACACACACACACAAAACCUAAAAGUACAAUUAAAGAGAAGUCUGAGGAAGGUGUUCCGGUGAAUAGUGUCAACGGUAGUGUAAAUAUUAGUGAAGAACCCUCACAAUCUACUGUAGAUACCAGCACGGCAGAAGCAGGAGAAGCGCACGACGCAGAUAGGACGAACGGUAGCGAAGCAACCCAGAGUGAUAACACUCAGACGGCGACGACACAACCACAGACACAAACAGACACCCCUGCACACACUCACCUGCCUACACAAACGCAUGCACCUGAUACACUAUCAAACAUGACCUCACAGGCACAGGAUGCACCCACAGAGACACAGGCAGAGACACAGGUGUUCGUAGCACCCCUACCUGUUCCAAACGUAUCCACAAAGCCCACACUCUCACCCACACUCACACCCACACAACCGCAGGCAACACCAGCCACUGCAGCUGCAGCUGCACCUGCGCCUGCACCAGCAGCUGCACCUGCGCCUGCACCUGCACCAGCAGCUGCACCAGCAGCUGCACCUGCACCUGCACCUGCACCAGUAGCGGCGACUACACAGACUAAGAAGAAGGGCAAGAAGAAGAAAAUUAAGCAGAAACUGCACCAGCGACUGGCGGCGGCUGAGGAGGAGCUCAGGGCAAACAAGGAGAAAGUGGAGUCAUGGCGAGAGGCUGAGAGCGCUAGCAACGGGGUGGGGGCCACGAUGAUCUGAGCGAUAUAACAAUCGAGUAUGUGGCCGAGAGUGUGCAAGACGAUGAGUUUGACAGCGUGUUUGAGCGGUUUCAGAUGCAGAAUAGCAGUGAGAUUGAGAUGGACAAGACAAUUGAUGCGUCGCUGGGAGAUGCAGAUGAGUACAUUGCGAGGAUGAAGAGAGCGCAGGAGAAGCUGGACGGUCAGGCCCAGGCUGGUAGUGAUGACGAAACGGAGG